AUGACAACGGGUAUGUCUGUUCAUCGGUAUAUUGGAGUUUGUUUACCGUUCAAAGCACCGUCAAUACUCAAGAAAACUCGAGUUCGAAUAUUUAUUUUAUCACUUCUAAUUUUCUCUCUCCUCUUCAAUAUCACUCGAUUUUUUGAGGUUCGUGUUGUAAAUAACUGUUUUCGCUCAAAUAUUAAUGCCUUCAUUCCGGUGUUGGCACCAUCAAAUUUGCGACUUGAUCAAACCUAUCGUCUCAUAUUUUUUGGUUGGGCUUAUACCAUAUUAAUGUUUGUGAUGCCGUUUUCAUUACUCAUUAUUUUGAAUUCUCAGGUGCUUCUGGCCGUUCGACGCUCAAAUCGACUACAUCGAAGACAAAGUACUGUUCCAGAUGAGUCCUUAAAACAAGCUGAACGAAAAGAACGCCAAACAUCUAUAAUGCUUAUUGCAAUUGUGCUCGUAAUGGUGAACGCAUCAUGCAAUAUAGCUAUAUAUAUGUUAUUUUCGGACAAAUAUCGACUGCUGCUAAAGCAGUACUUAACUUGUAUUUGGUCGAGGGAUAGUCAACUGCUCUUAACAACGAAUAAUGCUUGA